AUGUACAAUUCUACGCGAAUUAAGUCUCACCACCAUCAGCGCCGCCGUGAGCCACCAUUGCACAGCCACCGGUCCUGGUGUUGCUCCUUCACAACUCCACCGCUUAGUCCGGACAACCCGGGCGCCGCCAGCCUCUCCCGUUCCCAGUCUCUCCGAUCAUACCCAUCUUCGUGUAAGAACACUGAGAUACCCUUAUCAAACAAGUCAAUCCCCAACUCCCCUCAGGCCCAGAAGUUGCCCCUCGCCCGGAGGAUCCUCUCUCCGGGUCGGGUCUCUCCCAUAUCGGACAAACCGCAUUCAGAAACUACCCUGAAAAGGACCCAAAUAACCCCUAAUUCUCCCAAACUGCCCCUACCCAGUGAUUCACGCAGCCCAGUAAUUGACACAAAAGAUAAUGGACGUUCGAGAAUUUUCGAUGUGAGGUUGAAUCUGAAGGGGAAGAACGGGAAAUCCUUGAUUCUGGAGCUCAUUUCGGAAGUCUUGAUCGAGGACAGCACGGUUUUCGCAGAUUUGAUUACUGAUUAUAGGAAGAAUAUGAGUGGGCUGUGUAGGAUUGAAGUACCUGACGUGGAGAACUUGAAUGUUUUUCGUGAAACAAUUGAGCUCAUGUUUGAUGAGGAUAUUGAAAAGAAGCUCCUCAAGGUUGGGGUUUUUCGGGCUAUUGAUAUACUCGAGGUAUCAGAAGGUAUCAAGUUUGGCAGGGGUGUUUCUUCAUGUUUGAAGUACCUUGAAGCAGUGCCUUGGACUGAGGAAGAAGAGGAAAAGCUGAGAAUUUUGUUCUCCAAAAUUAAGUUUGAUGAUGGUACUGCGACAGACAUAUUAGCUAGACUCUGUAGUUUCGGUUCCAUUGAUUCCCAACACACUUUAGCUAAACGACUUGUUUGGUCGAUAACCACCUGUGUCGAUGCCCAUGCUAGAAGUGAGCUGAAGUCUUUGGUCAAGGGUCUACUGUGCAAAAGCUCAGUCUAUGAGAAGAAUUUCCCAGAUCUGAAUAAGGAGGACAUAUUGGCCGUUUGCGAGUCAUGUCUGAGUUCACUGGUUAGUCUGUUUGAGGAGGAGGGCUCUGGAGUUGAUCCAUGUGAAAAGUCGACGAAAAGUGAGAAAGAUAAGCCUUUGUUAGAGCGCAUCUCAAAGCAGGUCGACAACAUAAAUUGGCUACUCGACAUCUUGCUCGAUCACCAGAUGGCCGAGGAAUUAGUGGAUAUGUGGGCAGCUCAAGUGAAGCUGAUUGAGAUUCAUGAGAAUGCAUCUCCGAUGAUUAGAUACGAGCUUAGCCGCGUGUCUGCAAUGUUGUUUAUUGCAAUGGGCACCCGUAAAUUGCAUUGUCGGUCAGAAUCAAGAUUAGGUAUUCUUCGGGUAUGGUUUAGACCAAUGCUAUCAGACUUUGGCUGGUUACAGAGGUGCAGAAAGGGGUUAGACAUGAAAGCGUUGGAGGAGGCGAUGGGUCAAGCACUUCUUACUCUUCCUUUGAGCGAACAAUAUACACUGUUUAUGGAUUGGUUCCAGUGUUUCUCCAAGAAUGGUACUGAAUGCCCCAAUCUCAGUAAAGCAUUCCAAAUCUGGUGGCGCAGAUCAUUCCUCAGGAACUCUGAAACUUUCCGUCUUGAAUCUAGGUGA